AUGAUACAAGGGGACUCGCUAUCAACACGCCUUUCGAAGAAUGUUUUGCGAGAACGCGUUUAUUCGGCUAUGCUGGAUUAUUUCACUGUAGCUUCACAGACUCCGACACAAAGUGCAGCGCAGCUGAAAACCGAUGUACAGUGCUUGAUUACGUUUUGGAACACACUUUUCUCGGAUGUAAAAUACAUCAAAAAAGAAAUGUUCGCAAGCGUCGUCCCAUUCACACUUUUCCACUUCACCAGAAAGGUGUACACUCAUUUUCAGGCCAACGAAAUUGAACGCUUAAGUGCAUGGCUGAAUCCGUUGGGUGAAAAUGUGGAAGUCGGAGAAACGAGCAUUGAGCAGUGGCGUAAGUCAACAUUUCCGGACACAAGAGCGGAGGCUCGACUUUUGCGAGAAAAUGUCAAACUUGCAUGGGAUAUUUGCCCAAAUCUGGCUAUAUAUAUGCCGUCUAGGUUUCGUGGAUGUACUGCUUGCCAAACGGCUGUUCAAGAGAUGCUGGCAAGCUCACCGGAGCUAGUGACCGAUUUGCCAGAAGCUCUCCUUUUGCUGCUUGGAGAAGGAAGAAUUCUUGAGGAAAAAACGGAGGUUAUUAUUUUUUCGUACAAAUGCCAGCUUUAA